AUGAUCACGCAGUAUUGUAAUUCCAUUAAAGAUAAUCCAAACGCGCCAAUCUUUGGGCAUUUAUUGGCUCUAAAAGAAAAUGGACAAUCGGAUGUUGUUAGACAUUUUGGACUGCAACUUUUAGAAAAUGCAAUAAGAUAUAAAUGGAUCGAUGGAAUUUAUGGUGGUUCUGAGCGGGAACAAAUUAAACAAGCAAUAAUCAACUUAGUUCAAAAUGGAACUCAUGACAUUUUAAUUGAAAAGCAAUUUAUCAAGGAGAAAGUCGCGAAAUUGUUUGCUGAUGUAGCUAGACGUGAAUGGCCAACACGUUGGACAGACAUGAAUAGCCUUUUGCGGGGUCUCUAUAUAUCUAGUGAAUCUGAUUUACGAGAUUCUUUGACUUGUAUAAUUACAAGCUACAGUAUCUUGAGAGAGAAAUAUCCUGAUGGUGUGAAAAAAGAUAGUACAAACUCGCGUAAAGACGAAGUGAUAAUAAUGCAAGGUGAACCAGAUAAAGAUGAUGCCGAUAAUAAAACUACACAUUACAUUGAUAUGGAUUUUGAUUCAAGCAAUGAAUAUAAUACUUUUGCUCUGGCUUUUCGCACGAGACUUGUUGAAACAAUAAAGUUAAUUACUCAGAUGCGGCCAAUAGAAACUUUCACUUGGAUAGUGAAUAGAAUCCAAAAUACGUUAAAUAUAAAUCUAGAAGAAAAGGAUUUAGAUGAUAUAACACAUUUAUUUGUCCUUUUAGUUGAUGGUGUCUGUAAAGUAGACUCCUCAGCUUAUAUUAUAUUUGAUGCGGAAUUGACAUUGAUGGAUUCUAUAGUUACUGGGGUCGGAAAAUUGAUCAAAUCUAAUGAAGACCAUGACUUUGCUAUAUUUCGUCCUCCCGGUUUUAUUAUUUCACCUGCAUCCACUUUUCCGCAAUCCGUUUAUCGAUUACGAUGUGGAGCUGCUGCAGUAUUGAUAAAGUUUGGCACAUUGAUGCCCGAUCUUUUAAUGGCACUCUUUGAUCCAAUAGUGUUACCAAUAAUGAAUGAAUGGCAUUCUCCUAAUAUAACUCGUUUUAUUACUUCAAUAACACAAUUUCGUGAUGCUUCUGGCCUAAAUUUUUUGUCUUCAAUUAGCACCUACAAAUCAGAUUCAGAAUUUUCAAAAGAACUUCAUGAAACUAUAGCAUUACUAUCAUCUCUAAUUCAAACUGUUACAUAUAAAUGCGUACUUAAUUAUCCUCGUUUUCAAUCUUUUAAAGCUGGCAUUAUUGGUAGACACAGUGAUAAUUUUCCUUGUAAAGUCACCGGAGAGUAUCCAGAAGAAUUACAGAAAAUGUUGAGAUUGAGCAAAGAGGAUAAAGCAAGCAUUGUGGUUCAAUUAUUACAAGAUACUACUAAUGAUAUAUCAGACGAAAUAGUGAAUGAACAGGUGUUAAGGGAUUUGACCAGGGCUUUUGUUGAUAUAUUUGACCAAAUAUUCCCGCCAGUGUCUAAAAAACAAGCAAUUGAAUUUGUUGGAACUUCUUUAUUGACUGCUGCAUUGCAGGUAACAAAUGUUAAAUCUUGGCAACCUCCCGAAGUGUACCACUUUGGGAUUGAGUAUGAGCUUAAAGUCAGUGUGAAAUUUGAAACGUCCUUAAGUCAAGCAUCUGAAAGCAAAGCUCGUAAAAAAAAAGUUAAAGAGUUCCUUGAAGGAAUAACAGGGGAAUGGUUCAAAAUACCUGAUACAGCACCUAUGAGUUCAACCCGUAGAAAAAUUUCUGGUGUUUAUUCAAAGCCUGAAAUUGGAGUUUUGGAUGUAGUUGAGGAUCCUUACGAU